CUUCGACCACCUCCACACCCCGACAGCGAUAUCUCCUUCAUCCUUUGCGGUAUCCUCUCCAUCUUUUGCAUCUGUGCGACCUCUGAUAACAUCAGUCAACCACAGCGCCAAACAAGCCUCGAAAUCCAACCGUCGUCCUCACCCGAUCGAACCCUCAACACCCACUCCACUCCCACCACCGACGAACAUCAUGGCGUUGCACAAAACGAAGGCCAAGGCCCCGGUCUAUGUGCUCGGUGUGGGCAUGACCAAGUUCGUCAAACCGCGCGGCAAAAUCGACUAUACCGAGCUGGGGUUCGAAGCUGGCAUCAAAGCGCUCCUCGACGCCCAAAUCAACUACGACGACAUCGAAACUGGCGUCGCAUGCUACUGCUACGGGGAUAGCACGUGUGGCCAAAGAGUGUUCUACCAGUUCGGCAUGACGCAAAUUCCCAUCUAUAACGUCAACAACAACUGCUCCACCGGCUCCACAGGGCUGCACCUCGGCCGCACGAUGAUUGCAGGUGGCAUGGCAGACGCUGUACUCGUCGUUGGCUUUGAAAAGAUGUUCCCCGGUUCGCUGCAGAGCUUCUUCAAUGAUCGCGCCAACCCGACCAGCACCUCGGCGGAGAUGAUGAAGACCACGCGCGGCGUUACCAAUGCCCCCGGCGCCCCGCAAAUGUUCGGCAACGCUGGCCGGGAAUACAUGGAACGCUAUGGAGCGAAGAAGGAGGACUUUGCGGAAAUUGCACGCGUCAACCACGAGCACAGCAAGAGGAACCCAUACUCGCAGUUCCAGGAUGAGUACACGCUGGAGCAGGUGCUCAACUCGCCCAUGAUCCACGAGCCUCUGACGAAGCUGCAAUGUUGCCCGACUUCCGACGGUGGUGCGGCGGCCGUGCUCGUGUCGCAGGAAUUCCUGGAUGCCAGGCCGCAUUUGAAGAGCCAGGCAGUGUUGAUUGCUGGCCAGUGUUUGGCGACCGAUGCACCGUCGCUCUUCAGCCGGAGUAGCAUCGAUCUGAUGGGCUUCGAAAUGUCGAAGUAUGCGGCCAAGACGGCGCUGGCGGAGGCGAACGUCAAUGCCAAGGACGUGAAGGUGUGUGAGCUUCACGACUGCUUCAGUGCGAACGAGAUGGUCGUCAUCGACGCGCUUGGAUUGAGUGAGCCUGGAAAGGCGCACGAAAUGGUGCGGAAGGGCGACAUCACGUAUGGAGGCAAGAUGGUCAUCAACCCGUCGGGAGGGUUGAUCAGCAAGGGCCAUCCCCUGGGAGCCACGGGUCUCGCACAGUGCGCUGAGCUGGUGUGGCAUCUUCGUGGCUGGGCAAACAACCGCCUCAUCGACGGCACCGACGUCGCCCUGCAGCACAAUCUCGGCCUCGGCGGUGCCGUCGUCGUGACGGUGUACAAGCGCGCCGACGGCAAGGUGGCCAAGGCUGUGUCGAACGAGGAGAUUGGCAAGCACAACAAGCUGGGCUAUAACCCGGCUGUGGAGGCCAAGGGCUUCACCAAGGCCCAGGUGGACCAGGCUAGGAGUAAGAAGAUGAGGUCGGAAUGGGCCAUCCAAGAUAUCGAACAGAAGGUCGAGGCGAGGUUUUGAAUGUGCGCGAUCUGAUAGUGGCAAAUAGCCUUGUUUGAUUUUCAGCCGUUCGCUGCAAGACAUUGU